UGGAACCCGGCAGCAGAAUUCUACCUGAAGACCAUUUAGAGGGAAUUCCCGCCAUGCUUCCCAAGCGCCAUCACAGCUUCCUGUCCGACUUGGACGACACAUGCAGCACCUGGGCAAACAGCGUGGAGUCGGACCUGGCAGUGGUUUCCCCGGGAACUGACGCCUCCGACUCAGAUUUCUUCUCCGAUUUGAGCGACUCGGAUUCACUCUCCCCAGCUCUUGACUGCGAUGGAAGCUUCCUGUUGGAGCCGGCAGAAGACCUGAGCUGCACGGCGGAUGCCAUUCUCAACAUGAUCACAGAGAUCGUGGGAAUCUGCAGCGAGAUGGAGGAGCAGGGGGACGCCACUUACCAACCUGUGUCCACACCCCCUCCUGUGGCAGUUAAGAGCGAGCCGGUGAGCGCCAACUGCGGCGCCAAAAGCGUUGCGACCUCAAUUAGCGGCACCGACUCCCUACCGACUCCAACCGCUCCGGACUUUAUUGAAGCACUGCUGAGCCAAGAAGGUGGCCGAGGUGAGGUCAAGCAGGAGGAGGACUGGAUAAAGGACUGGUGCGUCAGUACCGAAGGACAGCAUGCCAACUUACCCCCUCCCUCCACCCUGGAUGCCAACCUCCUGUCCUCCCUCCUGCAGGGCGUCUUCCCCACCGUCAACCUGGGCAGCCUGCAUGUGCCAGGACGCACACGAGUGUCUCGGAGAGCUCCCGCCAAAAGUGGCGUGAAGGCCAAGGCGUUCCCGUGUUCCGUGGAGGGCUGCGAGCGCCGCUUCUCACGCUCGGAUGAGCUCAACAGGCAUGUGCGCGUCCACACGGGACAUAAGCCCUUCCAGUGCAGCGUGUGUGCGCGUAGCUUCAGCCGCAGCGAUCACCUGACUACGCACAUGCGCACGCAUACAGGCGAGAAGCCCUUCUCCUGCGACGUGUGCGGUAAGUGUUUCGCACGCAGCGACGAGCGGAAGCGACACGGCCGCGUGCAUGUCAAGCAGCAGCUCCGUGCACAGAUGAUGGCUGCCUACUCGCUGGCUGUGAGCGCCGCAAUUUGAUGCCGCGGCAGGAAAGUGUUUUUGGCCUCCUGGUGAGGUGGAGGACUUCCUGCAUGAUGUGACAAUGUUCAUGUUUGUACCAUAGUUCUAUUUUUCUAAAUGUUUCUACCUGCUGUCAUACUGUCAUGUGACUUUUCUAACUUGCACUAAUGCACUGUGGGAUAUGUGUGUAAUGUCCCGCCCCCUGUUUGA